AGCCGAGCGACACAUUGUAUCCAGAGAGGAGGAAACCUUCCAUCCGGCCCGGGAGAGGAGAAGAGAUACAUUGUAUACAGCGCGCGCCGCCCACCCGACACCACCGCGCGCCCGCCACCACCGGGACACCAUCCGAUCCUUCUCUCUACACACACACACCGUACACCGGGAGAGGGCUCAAACCUUGGCCUGGGAUCGCAAGGAUUUAUCAGGACUGGGAGAGAUCGGCUGCCUUUUUACCGGGAUUAGCAAGCGAUCGCAGCCUUCUACCGGGACUGGGAAGCAAUCGCAGGCACCAGGAAGCGAUCGCAGCCUUCUACCGGGACUGGGAAGCAAUCUCACCCUAUUACCGGGACUUGCAAGCAAUCUCGCCCUAUUACCGGGACUUGCAAGCAAUCUCGCCCUAUUACCGGGACUUGCAAGCAAUCGUAGUCUUUUACCGGGACUGGGAAGCAAUCGUAGCCUUUUACCGGGACUGGGAAGCAAUCUCAGCCUAUUACCGGGACUUUGGAGCAAUCGCAGCCUAUUACUGGGACUAGCAAGCAAUCGCAGCCUUCUACCGGGACUGGGAGGCGAUCGCAGCCUUCUACCGGGAUUAGCAAGCAAUCUCAGCCUAUUACCGGGACUAGCAAGCAAUCGCACCAUUCGACUGGGAAGCAAUCGCAGCCUAUUACCGAGACUGGGAAGCAAUCGCAGGUAUUAGGAAGCCAUCGCAGCCUAUUACCGGGAGUAGCAAGCAAUCGCAGGCAUUGGGAAGCACUCGUAGCCUUCUACCGGGACUGGGAAGCAAUCGCGGGCAUUUGGAAGCAAUCGCAGCCUAUUACCGGGACUAGCAAGCAAUCGCAGCCUAUUACCGGGACUUGCAAGCAAUCGCAGCCUAUUACCGGGACUUGCAAGCAAUCGCAGCCUAUUACCGGGACUUGCAAGCAAUCGCAGCCUAUUACCGGGACUUGCAAGCAAUCGCAGCCUAUUACCGGGACUUGCAAGCAAUCGCAGCCUAUUACCGGGACUAGCAAGCAAUCGCAGGAGAUAGGAAGCUAUAACACCAACGUUACCGGGACUUUUUGAACCGAUCCCUUUAACGAGCAGCACCGUCGGUCAGAUCCAGAUCGGGCUUUUUCCAACGAUCUGGGUAAAGUGCAUCGCUCAGCAAAUCCUGAUCGCCUGGGAUAAUAGCAGCUUCACCUCCCCAGCCGCCCCCCCCCUCUCCCUUCCCCGACCACCACUCUCUGCCACCCCCACCCCUCUCCUCUCCCUUCCCCGGGCUGGAUUUUUUUUUCCUCCCCUGGACUCGUGGAGCCGCCAUUUUCCCCCGUCGGAUCCUAUGUGACACAUGAUGAUGAUGAUGGCAGUGCCGCAGAGCCCGGGAUGUGAUCGCUCUCCUCGCCUGGAGGACGGAUUCCUCAUUCUCCCCUCCCAUUGCUGAUUUUGGAAUAUUUAAAGCGACCACUUAAGUACUUUCACCGCUAGAAAACGUUUUGUCAGUCCAAGACCCAUAUACUUUGCAUAAAGCUUGUGGUUUGUUGGAUUUGUCAUGGAGCAACGUGAAAAUUCCAGCGGCAACCGGCAACGGUGUUGUGAAACAGAUUUCCUGCCAUCCGCCUCAUCGGCGAAGGCCACGGCCACCUCUGGUUGUGCCGGAGGAAACACCUUGAUGCCAGCCCCUGGGGCCACCAAGGCUGGUCCGGGAAACGUGGAGCCGGAGGAAGACGAUGAGCUUGGGUCGGGCCGAGACGUGGAUUUAAACUCCAAUGCGGACAGUGAGAGAUGGGUGAACGGAGAUGGCUUGGAAGAGCAGGAGUUUUCCAUCAAGGAGGCCAACUUCACAGAGGGGAGUCUGAAGCUCAAGAUCCAGACCACCAAGAGGGCCAAGAAGCCCCCAAAAAACCUGGAGAACUACAUUUGCCCUCCAGAGAUUAAAAUUACCAUAAAGCAGUCGGGAGAGCAAAAACUCUCCAGGGCUGGGAGGGCCGGCAAAGCUGUGAAGGAUGACGAGAGGGUUCACCUGAGAAAGAAGGUGCAUGAAAGGGUACAGAAGCAUUCUGGACUGCAUUUCGACACCGGAGUUCCUCCAAACAUCACCAGUGACACCUUAAAACCAAAGCACCAGCAGAAAAGUAACCAGCAUCAUCUUGACUGGUUACCGAGCUCAGACUCUGGAGCCACAGCACAGAGCAGUUUCCUGGAUGCUGAAACUGGCAAGGAAACAACUAAUGCCACCAAGAGUCCAAAGCCAGAAAUGGCUUCUCCAAUUCUCAAGUCUCAGUCAAAGAAAACAAAUGCAGGAAGUCCUUGGAGACAGAUUUCAAAUGCUAAGGAUAAUUCAGCUUCCAGUGCCGUUUCAUCACCAAGCCGCAACAGCAUUUUAUCAGCAGCUAACAUUUCCGAGCCAAGUAAUGGUCUUUCAACAUUAGAAGACCAAAAAGUUGGGGACUCACAGGAGAAGCCAUUGUGUACUGCAAAAAAGAAAGGUGGAAAAAAGGAGCCGAGUCAAGCUGCACAGGCAGUAGAACAAGAACGAGGGAAAAAUAAUCCAAAAGCAAGUGACCAUAAAAGUCAUGAAACUGUGGACGGCAAGAAGGAUUCUGAAGGUUCAGCAGCUGUGCAACAGCGGCAAGAUACAGCUUCUGCCAACUGUGGUGAGAACGAUUCAAGCCAUGUGAGGACAACACUUCCUAUAAAUUCUACACCAGUGGAUCCACCCUCAAAUAGAAGGCGGAAAAAACAGUCUUUGAAGCCAGCUUUGGAUAAAAACUUGCCGGAUGAAAACCAGCAUUCUGGGAGGCCGUUGGUUAACGAAGUGAGCAAUCAAACAGUUUCUCAGCCCCAACCAGCCAAAAAGGAUAACAGAGUGGUUAAACAGGGUAAAGUUACGAGUAAUGAGUUGCCAUCAAAGUUGCCAGAGAUGACUGGAAGCGUAGGGAAAACGUUUGUAAAUGGCAUGACCCGUCUGCAGAAGUCUGCUGCUGCUGCUCCUCCUCCUCCUGUAUCAAAAGCCAUUUCUGAGAGCUCCAGAUCGAAAAUGUCUGUUUUGCAGCACCCCAGAUUUGCUGCCAAGAAAAGAUGGACAUGUGGAAAGCCUAAAGCAAAUGCUGCUCAUGAAAAUUCUGUUUCACAUUCUGAGAAAAUUGUGGUGGAUCCACCCUCUGCUUACCCAAUAACUCCCUCCAGUCCGCUUUAUACAAAUACAGAUAGCCUUACAGUCAUUACACCAGUGAAGAAAAAAAGGGGUAGACCAAAGAAACAGCCUUUGCUUACUGUUGAGACGAUCCACGAAGGAACGUCUACAAGUCCAGUAAGUCCCAUUAAUAGAGAGUUCCCUGGCAUCAAGAAAAGAAAGGGAAGGCAUUCCCUCUCUGAGCUGGUCCAAAUGCCAUCUGCAACGGAAAAGAACAUUGGUGAGUUAGAUUUUCACAAAAAGGUUGGAAAGCUUGGAAUGUUGGAUAAGAAAACCAUAAGAACAAUCAACAAGAUGAAAACGCUCAAAAGAAAAAAUAUUCUAAACCAAAUUCUGUCUUGCUCAAACAGCAUCGCCUUGAAAUCUAAAACUCAGCCGCAAUCUAACGCAAUAGCAACAGUAACCACAACUCUUGACGCUAGGUUAGGCAAGCAGAUUAAUGUCAGUAAGAGGGGAACGAUCUAUAUAGGGAAGAAAAGGGGGAGAAAGCCAAGAGCAGAACAGGUUCCCCAACAGAAUGAACAAAGAACAGCCAUUAAACCAAGCAGGCCUGUUUCUAGCCAGCCAGAAAUCCCAACAGUGCCUUCUAACAUGCAGUCAUUUGUGGCAUCUUCACCAGCAGCCAUUCACAGUUUUGCAACCCAGCUAGUAGGUUCUAAUGGCAACCUUAGCCCUGCCAGCACUGAUACAAUGUUUUCGGAUUUAAAAACCAUGCCAAAUCUUCAGCCAAUCAGUGCUCUUCCAACAAAAACCCCGAAAGGAAUCCAUGGCACCUCUUGGAAGUUGUCUCCACCCAGGUUAAUGGCUCACUCCCCGUCUCACCUAUGUGAGAUAGGAUCCUUAAAGGAAGUCACACUUUCCCCCGUGAGCGAGUCACACAGUGAGGAAACCAUCCCAAGUGACAGCGGUAUUGGCACAGACAACAAUAGCACUUCUGACCAAGCCGAGAAGAGCUCAGAAUCCCGUAGAAGGUACUCCUUUGAUUUUUGUACCCUGGACAACCCAGAGGUCAUACCAUCUGAAACCAGCACAAAGAGCAAGCACGGCCACAGGCAGAAACAUCUCAUGGUUGACAACUUUCUUGUCCAUGAAAAUGUUAAAAAGCCAAAGCACAAGAGAAAACGGAAGGGUUUGCAGAACAGGGACAAUUUGCAGUUUCUUGCAGACCUUGAAGACCUGAUAAACAAGUUUCAAGUCUUUAGAAUUUCCCACCGAAGUUACAGCUUUUACCAUGAAAAUCCUUAUCCCAGUAUCUUCAGGAUUAACUUUGAUCACUAUUACCCUGUGCCAUAUAUUCAGUACGACCCCUUGCUCUACCUUCGCCGAACCUCUGACAUGAAAUCAAAGAAAAAGCGUGGUAGACCUGCCAAAACCAAUGACACCAUGACAAAGGUGCCUUUUUUGCAAGGGUUUGGAUACCCUAUUCCCAGUGGAAGUUACUAUGCACCAUAUGGAAUGCCUUACACAUCAAUGCCUAUGAUGAACCUUGGUUAUUAUGGUCAGUAUCCAGCUCCUUUGUAUCUGUCUCAUACGCUAGGAGCAACAUCUCCGUUCAUGAGGCCCUCUGUUCCACCACCCCAGUUUCAUACAUCUUCCCAUAUGAAGAUGUCUACAGUCGCCAAGCAUAAGACAAAACAUGGAGUACACCUCCAGUCAACAGUAGGUAUGGGCUUAGGUGACAUGGCUCCUAAAACAGGAACAGUUGGACUUUCAAGCAGCCGACUCCACAAAAGGAAACACAAACAUAAGCACAAGCAUAAGGAUGAUCGCAUCCUUGGAGGACAUGGUGAUUUUGGUGGGUUUUUUUCUGCCAAAUCCACAAGCUUUUCAGGUCAUACCACAAAUGACAAGCUCAGUCCUUCCAAUAAGGAUCUUUCCUCUGCAAACGAGAAAAGCAAACACAAAGAACGACAGAAACACCAGCAUUGUGAAACUGGACAGAGAGGUCCAAAGUCUACUUUCGAGGUGGACACACUUUCCUCCUUAUCACUUUCAGAUGGUCAGCACUGGACUCAGUCAAAAGACAAAAAUGACUUGAGCAGUGAAGCUGUUGAUAACUGUUUAAAAAGGUACUCUGGAAAUGACGGCAGUGGCCGAGUGGACUCUUCUGAGCUGUUUGGGGAGAUAAAUCCAUCCAAUGAUAGGAGAGACGGCGACCUAAGUGGGAAUAAAAGACGGACCUUUGAAGGUUUUGGUUCCUACAGAGAAAAGGACCUUCAGUCAUUUCGAAUGAACAAGAAAGACAGGAAUGUGUUUGAGUCUUCUGGAUCAAGUAAGACCCGUUUUUGUUAUAAGUUUGGUUGAUAUUUAUUUUUUUGACUAUAUCUUGCAAAACCUAUCUGGUCUUUAUGAAAGUUCUCCUUUUAUUCAGGUCAUAACAUAUCAAGUAGUAGGUAGUCGCAUUCAAACUGGAAUGAGUAUUAUAGCUGAGGAAGCUACUUGGUGCGACGCGAAAUUUGAACGUUACAGAAGAAGUCUAGAUUAAAUGUGACUAAUAUUUACUAGAUAUGUCUGUGUAUGGGAUUUUUUUCUCAAUAUUCAUUACUUCCACAGAAUUACUGCCCAUACUGUUUAGAAAAUGCUAGUUGCCUGACUGACUUUAACACUUUGAACUUGUGGCCUAAAACAAAAAAUACAAUACUGGAUGUGAAACUCAUGCUUGUUCCAGACCAUUGACUCGGAAAGCAGUGAAAAUCACACAAGUGAUAGGCAACUAACAUUUUUAGAAUAUGAUUGGAAAUGGCACCCUACAUAUUUCAAGAUUUUUUUCAGAUUAUGCUUUUAAGGUUGCCAGUCUUCUUUGGACCAAUGAAGAAUGAGAAGCAACAUAACUAUUCAUUUUUAUUAGGAAGGUCUGUUUAGUUGUUAAAUAGUCUGCCCAUCAGCUUCUUUCCCCUUGCAGUGAUAUCUCAAAUGUUUUAUUUUUCAUUAGCUCUUAUGCCACGUACACACAGUCUGACUUUUCAACGAGCAAACCUCCGUUGGU